AUGUCUCCACCAGCUCCAUCUCCAUCUCCAUCUCCAACCCCAUUCCCAUCCCUCAAGAGCUCACAGCUUGCUCCCCAAACCACGAAAUACAGUCCAAUUGUAACUCCCAAUUCCGAGCUACUCACCGGCGCCGUCGAAUAUCCCACCCGAAAAUCCAGUCUUGCAAAUUUACCCGCCGACAAGAAACCCACCACCAUGACCUCCAGACUCGUUCUCGUAAUUGGCGAUCUCCAUAUCCCAGAUCGAGCAAUUGACGUCCCUCAGAAGUUUAAGAAGCUUCUCACACCAGGCAAAAUCGGUCAAACCCUCUGCCUCGGAAACCUCACCGAUCGCCAAACAUACGACUAUCUCCGCUCCAUCACCCCGGAUCUCAAGAUCGUCCGAGGCCGCUACGAUACUGACGCUACGUCUCUUCCGCUCUCUCAAGUAGUCACCCAUGGGUCUCUCCGCAUUGGAUUUGUCGAAGGAUUUACAAUCGUUGCGCCUAAUGAGGUAGACUUGUUGGUUGCUGAGGCGAAUAAGUUGGAUGUAGAUGUGCUCUGCUGGGGAGGAACUCACAAGUUUGAUGCGUUUGAGCUUGACAAUAAGUUUUUUAUUAACCCGGGGAGUGCGACUGGAGCGAUGACAACGGGAUGGAUGGAGCCUGGUGAGGAAAUCGUACCAAGCUUUUGCUUAAUGGAUGUCCAAGGACUAGGUCUCACCCUUUACGUCUACCAAUUGCGAACCAGCGAGAAAGGCGAGGAAAGCGUCUCAGUUGAGAAGAUCUCCUACACGAAAGCCAUUCCCUCCACCCAAGCGACUGCUUCCAGCUCCACCUAA